CCUCGGCCUUCCAAGGUUGGACAACGGCACGUGGGCCACGAGCCAAGCCUACGAGAUCCGCAGACCCAUCACAUAAUAUCUACUCGAAGACGCCAUGGCGCGCUUUAUUCACUCCAUUCUCCUCGCGACUUCGCUGUUAUCAUCGCCCUCGCAGUCACGUAUAUUAUUCCCCUACGAGAGACGACAGCUCACGAGAGAAUACGUGGCCUCUUUACCCGAAGAAGACGCGCAACUGUUUGCAUUCGGUGACCAGUUCGAGACGUUGGCCGUGAACGCGACCGACAAGCGAUGCCGCUAUGGUCCCCAGGAUGGAAAGUGGCCUUCAGAUAAGGCAUGGCAGAAGCUGGCCAAGCAGCUGAGCACGACGGAUGCGCUCAUCAAGACCACCCCGCAGGCAUCCGUAUGCUAUGGCACGACGAAGAACGAGGCGAAAUGUCAGGAAUUGACGAAGAACUGGAACAAUUCAUACACGCACAUUGACGACCCGACGGAGGUUCUUUCGCCAAUAUAUCAAGGCCUUACGUGCCAACCGCCAGCAAUCUACGACAGCGGAAAUUGCACGUUAGGCGGAUAUCCUUCGUAUGUGAUUAAGGCUGCGGACGUACUAGACAUCCAACUAGGAAUUAAUUUUGCGCGCAAUGAUGGAGUACGAUUGGUUGUCAAGAACACGGGUCAUGACUUUGCCGGAAAGUCUGUCGGCGCCGGAUCACUCAGCAUAUGGACCCACGGCCUGAAAGACAUUCAGAUCUUCGACAACUACGUUGACGAAUCGGGCUACAGGGGCCCUGCGGUAAAAGCUGGAGCUGGGGUCCAGGAUUUUGAUUUGUACAAGGCAGUCAAUGACAAGGGACUUGUUGUAGUAGGUGGGGCAGGGCAGACCGUUGGUGCUAUGGGUGGUUACAUCCAGGGCGGUGGACACUCGCCGCUGAGCUCAAUUUAUGGCAUGGCCGCUGACCAAGCCCUCGGGUUCGAGAUAGUGACGCCGACCGGAGAGUUCUUGUCAGCCAAUUCAACUAGCAACCCAGACCUUUUCUGGGCUUUGCGUGGCGGUGGCGGAGGAACCUUUGGAGUAGUCACUUCCGUGGCUGUCAAAGCUUUCAAGGACAUGCCCGUUACAGCCGUCUCAUGGCUGCUGGACAGUGCUACGAUCGGCAAAGACAAGUUCUGGGCUGCAAGUCAAGCCUUCGUCGAUCGGGCUAGCAGCAACGCCGAUAACGGAACAUACAGCUAUCUCAUCAUGGCACCCAGCGCCAACGGAAAGGACUACACCUUCAUCAUGCAAGCCUUUUUGGCCCCAAACAAAACCGCCAAAGAAACCACCGCCAUCCUCUCGCCAUACUUCUCGCGCCUAACCGCCCUCAACAUCCCGUUUUCUCCCAACAUGACCGAAUACAAAGGCUUCUACCCAGCCUGGCAAGCACAUUUCCCGCUAGAGGCCCAAUCCGACGUCCAAACAGCCUACGGCUCCCGCCUCUUCCCCCGCUCCAACUUCGACAGCGAAACCGGCCGCAACAUCACCUUCAACGUUCUCCGACAGACUCUCGAAGCAGGCCAAUCAAUCAUAGCCUUCAACUUGGGGCCCACGCUCGCCCGCGGCGGAAACCCAGACAACGCCGUAAACCCGGCCUGGCGCAACGCCGUCCUCCACGCAAUCGCCGGCCGCAGAUGGGACGUCAAAGCCUCCGUCGCAGAUAUCCUCGCAGCGCGGAAAUCCUUCACCAACGGCACUAUGCAGAAGUGGCGCGAUGUCACGCCCGGCAGUGGUUCGUAUCUCAAUGAGGCGGAUCGGCUGGAGCCGAAUUGGCAGCAGAGCUUUUGGGGCGACAAGUAUGCCAGGUUGCUGCAGAUUAAGAAGGAGUGGGAUCCGAAGGACGUGUUCUGGGCUGUUAAUGCGGUGGGUAGUGAGGGCUGGACGGUGGAGAGUGUGGACGGCCUGCCGGAUGAGAAUGGGAAGCUGUGCAAGGUUAACACUACCUCCAGUGCGGCUACGGCGGACGCGCCGAUGUUGCAGGCGUUCUAAAAUAGCGGUUCAAUCCUAUAGACUCCGGAUAUACAAAAUACUAAAUACGUUUUCUUUUCACACGACUUUAAACGCAACCUCUCCCUUCUCAACUACUAGCGCUACUGGCCUCGCAACCUCACCCAGCAUGAUGUAUCUAAU